AUGACGCUGUCGCCUUCACUAGAUGCGGCUUAUGUACGCAACGGCAGUGGACACGGGGAUGAGGAGGUACUAACGAACAUCAAGGACGACGCGUACGGGACUUUCCAUGACGUUGUCGCACGCUACAGCAGCGAAAACUCGCGCGCUCUUUGCAAAUCAAGUGUCGGGGUCGUUCUCGUGGUGCUGGCGACUUUUGCGCUGCUCGGGAACUUCUACGAGCCGCUUGAGGGACAAGUGGAGGAAGUGGAGAGUCGCAAAAGCUUAUUGGAGGCGCAAAAGCUGGUCGGGAAGACAACGAACGACGCGGUUAUAAGCGGGAGCGACGACCUACCGACACGUCGUCGUCCGUUCCAAUACGGCAACGACAGCUACCGCAAGGAAGACGGUCUGUCUACGCGCGAACGCACUUUUCUGGAUACUGUGGACACGAUGCAGAUCCGGACGUUCCACGGAGCGUACGCCAGUGUGCCCCAUCCGGCGGGAAGUGAGCAAGACUAUCAGACGGCGCUGUUUACUGCCCAGCAGUUUGCAUCGUUUGGAAUCAAAUCGGAGAUUGUCACGUAUUAUCCACUGCUGUCACUGCCGAUACAUCGUCACGUGCGCAUCGUGUCGCCCUUGACUGCAGCGAGGACAUUGAACUUAACUGAAGCGUCUGUGCCGGGGGAUUCGUGCACGACCAAUGCAGAUGCAUUGCCACCUUACCUUGGAUACUCGGAUUCCGGUAAUGUCACGGCAUCUGUAGUGUACGUAAAUUAUGCGAGACCUGUGGACUUUCAGUGGCUAGAAGCGAGAAACGUGACGUUGAAAGGCAAGAUCGCUCUUGUGCGUUAUGGAGGCAACUUUCGUGGACUAAAGGUCAUGCUGGCCGAGCAACAUGGUAUGGCUGGUGUUCUGAUCUACUCAGAUCCAUUGGAUGACGGCUAUGCUCAGGGACCGGUGUACCCGGAAGGUCCAUGGCGACCAGAGGGAUCGUUUCAGCGCGGAUCUGUGCAAUACAACUCCAUUUACAGCGGCGACCCGCUCACUCCAGGUUUCCCAUCGCUGCCAGGCGAGCCAUACUUGAGUAAAGAAGAAAGCAAGACGAUUCCGCAUAUCCCGGGACUUCCUCUUUCUUACGGCCAAGCUCGCUACAUCCUCGACUCACUAGGCGGGAUGCAGGCUCCCGAAUCGUGGCAAGGCGCUUUACAGCUCGACAAUGGCGGCUACUUUGUGGGUGACGACGAAGGCACAGUUUUAAAUCUGGAUGUAGUCAUGAACAACAGUAUUGGACCUAUCUGGGACGUUAUCGGUACCAUCGAAGGCACAGAAGAGCCCCAUCAAAUGGUUCUUAUUGGAAACCACCGCGACGCUUGGGUAUGUGGAGCUGUGGACCCAUCCAGCGCGUCGGCGGUCAUGCUAGAGAUUGCUCGUGGUCUAGGUAACUUGCUCAAGGGAGGCUGGAAGCCACGCCGCACUCUUGUUAUCGCUUCAUGGGAUGGCGAGGAGUUGGGUUUACUUGGCAGCACAGAGUUUGCUGAAGACCAUGCGGAUGUCUUGAGGAAGCAAGCAGUAGCGUAUGUCAACGUGGACAACGUUGUCGGUCCGUUCGUCAGCUCGGGAGGUACGCCGUCUAUUGCCGAAUUUGUGCAGGACACGGCCCGGCUCAUUCCAGGCAGCUCGUUUUACGGCGCCGAUGUCACGGAAAGCUUGUAUGAUCAGUGGAUGAACCAGACAAUUAUGCGACGAUCCAGUCGUGCUGGUGGCACUGAUGACGGUACAUUGGCUCCUGACCACCUGAUCCGGUUCCUAGGUUCAGGCACAGAUUUUACAGCCUUCUACCAGCAUCUUGGAAUCAUCUCGGCCAAUUUGGGCUACAGUUUUGGCAGCGCGAUGUACGGCGCGUAUCACAGCACUAUGGACAGUAUUUCGUACGUGGAAACAGUGGGGGAUCCACACUACGCAACACACACCACGAUGGCAAAAUGGUGGGGGCUCAUCACCCUGCGCCUGAUGGACAACGCGAUCAUACCAUUUGACUAUUCUACUUACGGGCUCGUGAUGCAGGAAGAUCUGGCUCAAUACGAGAAUACGACAGUAGCCAUGGGGCGUAACGUAGACUACUCAGUACUGUACAGAGCGAUUGAAAGAUUCAGCAGCGACGCCGGAGUGUUUCAAGCGCACGUCACGAAAUUUGCGCGGAUGAUUUCUAGUAUGAAUGUGAGCAACGCGAUGGAGGCAGAACGUCGCGUCCUGAACGAGAAACUCACAAGUCUUGAGCGCUACCUGAUUUCAGACACCGGAUUACCUCACCGACCGUGGUUUAAGCACCUGAUCUUCGGGCCCGGCUUCUAUGAAGGCUACAAGGGAGCUGCAUUUCCAGGCAUUUCGGACAGUAUCGUCUUCGACGACGACAGCGCCGCCAUUCAAUCCCAUGUUAACGAUGUCGCAAUGGUCAUCAACGCAGCGGCGGAGUAUCUGAUGUCCACAUAG